AUGAAUUGGGAUGUUCUAUGCUUCAACACGGCCACUUUGAUCGCCGGUGUCUUCGUGCUCGACUAUGGCGCAGACAAGUUCAUCGACCACACGGUCAUUGUUGGGCAGCGCCUAGGGGUCUCACAAACCAUCAUAGCCCUCUUGACAGCCGGUGCCGAGUGGGAAGAGCUCGCCGUGGUGGUUGCAGCGGUCCUGCAGCACCGCAGCCCCCUGGCCCUGGGAAACGUCAUGGGCUCUGCCAUCUCCAACAUCCUCGGUGCCUUUUCUCUGGGACUUCUCUUUUACCCCCAGGGGCUGGAGUUUGACCGCAGCGCAAAGGUAUACUCAGCCUUGCUGCUUGCGGUUACCACGCUCUUCACGGUGCUGGCAUUCUUCAACCUACUCAAUCGGCUUGUUGGCGGCAUCCUGAUUGCUAUUUUUGGUUUCUACAUCGUCUCUAUCAUCUACGCUAUUUACAAGGGGGUAGCCUCGCCCCCAGAGCUGUCUGAUAGUGAUAGCGAUGGGGAGUCGAGUGAUGGCGAUGACCAUGGCCCUCUGUCUGAGACCGCGCCUCUCAUACAGAAUAAUGAACAUGAACAUGAACACGAGCAUGCGCCAUCAUCAAAUGAUAAAGGGAGCAGAAGAAACAGAGGGCUUCCAUACCACAUAUUCCAUCUCAUCAUGGGGUUCCUCUCGCUGUCUCUGUCCGGGUACAUCCUCUCUCACAGCGCCGUCACCAUCGCUGACUCCCUGCAUCUCUCGGGAACGGUCUUUGGCCUGACCGUCGUCUCGUUUGCCACCACUCUGCCUGAGAAGCUGGUUGCAGUCCUCAGUGGUUCCCGCGGCCACGCUGGCAUCAUGGCUGCGACGACGGCAGGGAGCAAUAUCUUUCUGCUGACGCUCUGCCUUGGUGUCGUUGCAGCAGCGGGAUACCAGGCACAAGGGGUCGACAACUUUGUGCUCUUUGAGCUGCUGGCAGUGUGGGUGUCCUCUUUGGCAUUCUGCGCCGUCGUCUUCUUGGGCCUGGGUAGGAACGCUGGGAUCUUGCUUUUGGCCGCAUAUAUCGUGUUUCUGUGCCUGGAGUUUACCAUAUACCGGCGGUGA